GACCCACAAUAGUCAGUUACACGACCCGCGGGUUGGUUGUGUGUUACAUUGCUGCUCUAGUAGAAAGUAGAACGUUUAGCAUCACAUUUUGCACAACCACAAAAACAAAACAAAAAAAAAAAUAAAUAAAAAAACAUAAAUAAAUAGUAACAAUAACAAUCAGAAACAGCGGGACAAAGGCAGACAAAACGGCGUUUCUACAGCAGCGUCGCCUUUUCAGCGGCGGCGGCGUCGGCGUCGGCGUGUUGGGCGGCAGCGGAUCCAUGAAACAACAACAGCCGCCGCCGCUGCCACAAACGCAGCCGCCGUCGCUGUCGCUGUCGCAGUCAGCCGCUGGAGCAGGAGGAGCAUCAGCUGCCGAGGGCAGCGCUGUGGCCCAUGCCAUCAGCAGUCUCAAUGGCAGCAACAACAGCAACAACAACAACAACAACAACAACAACAAUGCUGAAACGGCCAGGUGUCGCCCACCUUUGUAUCCAAAACCAAAGACACCAUCGUUUGACAAGGAUCGGGAUUAUAUUGGCUUUGCCACGCUGCCGGAGCAGGUGCAUCGGAAGUCGGUGAAGCGCGGCUUUGAGUUCACGCUGAUGGUCGUUGGCGAAUCGGGUCUGGGCAAAUCCACAUUGAUCAAUAGCCUAUUUCUGGGUGAUCUCUACAAGAAUCGCCAGAUGCCCAAUGUGGAGGAUCGCAUCGAGAAGACAACGCGCGUCGAAAAGAAAACCAUGGACAUUGAGGAGCGCGGCGUCCGACUGCGUCUGACCGUUGUCGAUACGCCCGGCUUUGGGGAUGCCAUCAACUGUGAGGAUAGCUGGCGCGUUUGCACCCAGUACAUUGAUGAGCAGUUCCGUCAGUAUUUCACCGAUGAGAGCGGCCUCAAUCGCCGCAAUAUACAGGACAAUCGUGUCCAUUGCUGCUUGUACUUUGUGCCGCCCUGGGGACACAGCCUGCGGCAAAUGGAUUUGGAUCUAAUACGGCGUCUGCAUCGUAAGGUUAACAUUGUGCUGGUCAUUGGCAAGGCCGACUGCCUGAACAAGACGGAGGUGCGCAAGCUAAAGGAGCGCAUAUUACAGGAUCUCGAGGAUAAUCACAUACAGCUGUAUCAGUUUCCCGAGUGCGAUUCCGAUGAGGAUGAUGAUUUUAAGCAGCAGGAUCGCGAGCUAAAGGCCUCCAUACCAUUUGCCGUUGUUGGCAGCAAUACCAUACUCGAGGUUGCCGGCAAGAAGGUGCGCGGCCGUCAGUAUCCCUGGGGCGUGGUCAACGUGGAGGACGCUGAGCACAGCGACUUCAUCAAGCUGCGCACAUUCCUCAUAUCCACGCACAUGCAGGACCUAAAGGACACCACACAGGAUGUGCACUACGAGAACUUUCGGGCGCAGUGCAUCUCACAGAUAUCGCAGCAUGCGCUGCGCGAGCGCGGCAAAUUGAAGCGUGACUCGAUUAGCUCAACGAACGGAUUCGAUGCGGCCAUUUCGGAAACGGAUCGCCUGCUGCUGCAGAAGGACGAGGAGAUUCGACGCAUGCAGGACAUGCUAACGCAAAUGCAGGAGAAGCUCAAGCAGACACAUCUCAUGGAGAUGAAGAAGAACGACAGCGUCAUCGAUGUCUAAAAUGCUGACUCUCUGCCCAGUUCGCGUGUUCAAUUUUGCACCUUGAUACAUAUAUAUACACGUAUAUAUAUAUUAAGUUAUAUAAAUAUAAUACUUAUAUAGACACUUCUUCUACACCAACACACACACACACACAUUUGCCGCUACAUGGGCAAACAACCACCAAAAAUUUUCGUUUUUAAGAUAGCACAGUUUCCAGUUAACCGAAUUUUUGUUCUGAAAAUUUUUACCUUAAGCUUUUCUGUAGUUAAUGAAAACAAAAACAACAACAACGAGCAGUGAAUAGAAUAUCGUUUUUUUUUUUUCUACGUCUUCUUCUAGUUCUUAAAAGGCAUUUGCCAUACGGAUUCACUUGCAAA